UGAAAACGCGCCUGAAACGCAACGCCCGAUUGCGCGACGCCGCACUCACUGCACAGCCUUCGCACCGGCAACGGGAACGACGGGAUUUCGAACACAAUCCGUGCAGUACUAGCGCAGCAGUAGCGGCGGCAGCAGCUUUCGGAGGGAGGACUUCGGUGUUGCGCUUCAGUCGAGUGCCGCACGUCGGGGCGUAUGGACGCGCAGCUUACACAUCCUCGCGCUUUUACAUUUUCGCGUUGUUUAUCAUCAUAUUUAACGAACAAUAACUGUUUGAAUUAUUUACGUUUAUAUUCUGACAUUUUGUUGGGGAGUUGUUGAGUUCUAUUGGGAGUGAUUUAUUUUAUUUCGUUUAUUAUCCGUCGAGACAUCACAACAUCAACAGCAAGAAGAAGACCUACAAGUAUUCAACAACAUUAAAGUAAGUGACAAGUAGUGAAACUUUGUCGCUCCUAAAUGUUGCUACCACUCGAACAAAAGAUUCGAAGAAAGCUGAACGGCCCUUCGAUGAUGACGAUGGACGUCUCAAAGUCAGAAACAUCGAAGGCAAACACAACCGGCGGUGGCCCGCAGGAGUGCGCCGGUUGUUGCAAACCAAUUACGGAUCGGUAUUUGCUGAAGGCGCUAGAUCUCUAUUGGCACGAGGACUGCUUGAAGUGCGGCUGUUGCGAUUGUCGGCUCGGCGAGGUGGGCAGCACGCUGUACACGAAGGCGAACCUGAUUCUCUGCAAACGGGAUUACUUGAGACUCUUUGGGAACAUUGGCUAUUGCGCCGCCUGCAGCAAGAUCAUUCCGGCGUUUGAGAUGGUGAUGCGUGCCCGCAGCAACGUCUACCAUUUGGAGUGCUUCGCGUGCCAACAGUGCAACCACAGAUUUUGUGUGGGUGAUAGAUUUUAUUUGUGUGAGAAUAAAAUCCUCUGCGAAUAUGAUUACGAAGAACGUCUAGUCUUUGCGAAUAUGGCGUAUAACCCUCCGCCACUUUCGCACCUCAAGCGCCAAACAGCAAUUCCACCGCCGUCAACGUUACCUAGUCAAAUGAUGAAUGGGCAUCGACCGCCUGUUCAAUCGUCGAACGGCGAUCAUAACAAUAACAUGUCCGGUUCUGGACAGCCGGGUCACCCCAACUCAAUGGCGAAUCAGCAGUUUGCAUCCGCAGGUCAUUUAAAAUCGUCGCCGAUGUCUCUCGGCGCGACUAGCUGAAGAAUGCAUUGAAGAGGUUCCAGCGCCCCUUCGUUACACACCAAAAUCGAUGUUGAAACGCUCGAAACAUGUAAAUAGUUUGUUAAUUAAUGCUCAACUACUCUACCUACUCAAUCAUAGACACAAAAUGGACAUUUUGAGCAAUUAACAUUAGCAACAACUUACUUAAACCACGUUCAGUGCAAUAUAAAAGAAAAUAUGUUAAAGAGUCGCGAGUGUUACCCAUGAACAAGACAAUCGACCGUAUUUGCAUAUACUUAAACCGAAUGUGUAUAUUGUACAUAGCCACGUUGUUUAGCAUUUAACGUUCAUGUUACUAGUAUACCAAAAAGAAUGCUAUGAUCGAGGAAGUGAUGCAACACCAUGCAUACCAUGUUAAUUGGUUUGCAUAUAGUGAAGGAGCACUCAAUAUAAGCUUCUCCAUUGUCCAAAGUGUUUGUUAAAAAUUAUUAUUGUUAUGCGACUGAUUUAUUUCUCAUGCGUUAUGUUGACAGUGCGAUUAUUUAAUUUGUUCAAAUUUCCUGAAUGGAUAAUGGUCAUUAUCUUUGUCUGGAUUGACUGUCAUAGGUGCCAAUUUACUUUGUUCGUUUAUAAACCAAGUUACAAAUAGACACGAAAGUAUAGCCAAUGUAAAUAGUACCUAAAUACCAUACUUCUACUUGUCUUGUCAUGCCAAUGAUUAUGACCAAAGAUAUAAUAAAAAUCAAUUUAUAACAUA